UUUGAUUGUCUAGUGAUGCUGGUUGUUUGGCAAGGAGCUCGCCGUUGCCUGAGUUGCAGCGGGCAGCGCACUAAUCAAGGCUACCAACUGCGUCGUCAUCGUGGGUCAGUCAGUGAUAAACUUGAUCGAUAUCAGCUAGUUGGGACCGGGCAAGAUGAGGCCGUGUUGCUGGAGCUGAGACCGCCUCGCAGGCUGCGAAAGACGCAAGGUCCGCAUCCACGAGCGAUCACCAAAAACGAUAUUUACUGCCAUGGGGAACUGCUGCACACGAUACAGAUGGCCUCAAUCUACAAGGACUCGAAAACGUUCGUGGACAUGAAGAUGAAGCAUCCGCCUAACGAAACGUUAAUGCUGUUUCGCGAGUUUAUGGAACGGGUCGAUCAGAUGCCGACCAGACAUCAAAUCGAGCAGUUCGUCAACGAUACCUUCGAUCCGGAGGGAUCCGAGUUCGAGGAUUGGGAUCCGGCCGACUGGAUCUCGCGACCAAAGUUUCUCAACAAAAUUCUCGACAAGGAGCUUCGUAAAUUCGCCUCCGAUCUGAACCAAAUCUGGAAAAUGUUGGGUAGAAAGAUGAAAAACGACGUAAAAAUUCACGAGGAACAGUAUUCGAUCAUUUACGUGCCGAAUCCAGUGAUCGUACCUGGUGGUCGGUUUCGAGAGUUUUACUAUUGGGAUUCUUACUGGAUCAUCAAAGGUUUGUUACUUUCGGAAAUGUACUCGACCGUGAGGGGAAUGCUGAGCAACUUUGCCCUGAUCGUGGACAAGAUCGGUUUCAUACCAAACGGAGGGAGAAUUUACUACUGCAUGAGGACUCAUCCGCCUCUUUUGAUACCCAUGGUCGAGGAAUAUCUAAAGACCACCCACGAUUACGACUGGCUCGCAAACUUUCACCUUCUCGAAAAGGAGUUUGAUUUUUGGAUGACGAAUCGAACGGUCGAAGUUGAGAUGGACGGAGUCAAGUAUACCCUGGCCAGAUAUUACGAGGAAUCCUCGGGACCACGACCAGAAUCCUACAAAGAGGAUUAUCUGACUAGCCAAAGUUUCCGCACCGCCGAAGAAAAGGACAACUAUUACGCAGAACUAAAGACCGCGGCCGAGUCUGGCUGGGACUUUUCCAGUCGAUGGUUCAUCCUCGAUGGCACGAACAAAGGUAACCUGACCAACUUGAAAACAAGAUACAUUAUCCCUGUCGAUUUGAACUCGAUAAUAUAUCGAAAUGCCCAACUCCUGGCGAAGUACAGUCUGAGGAUGGGCAACGAAAGCAAGGCCGCGUACUACCGGAAACGAGCGGAAGAAUGGAAGAGAGCGGUGACUGCGGUGCUGUGGCACGACGAGGUCGGUGCCUGGCUCGACUACGACUUACUGAACGACAUCAAGAGAGAUUACUUUUAUCCGACGAACAUUCUGCCGCUCUGGACCCAGUGUUACGAUGUCGCCAAGAGAAGGGAAUACGUGUCGAAGGUGCUCAAGUAUCUGGAAAAGAAUCAAAUCAUGUUGAAUCUCGGUGGAAUACCGGCUACCCUCGAACACUCGGGUGAACAAUGGGACUAUCCGAACGCUUGGCCUCCGUUGCAAUACUUUGUCAUCGUGUCGUUGAACAACACCGAGGACCCCUGGGCGCAGAGGCUCGCCUACGAGAUCAGUCGACGAUGGGUCCUUAGUAAUUACAAGGCGUUCAACGAGACGCACAGCAUGUUUGAGAAGUACGACGCGACGGUGUCGGGCGGUUACGGAGGCGGAGGGGAGUACGAGGUGCAACUAGGUUUCGGUUGGUCCAACGGACUCAUCAUCGACUUGCUGGACAAGUAUGGUGACAGGUUGACGACCAAAGAUUUCGUGCAGUACGACAUCGUGCAAAGCUCUGCCCCCCAACAAGUAGUCGUGUCGACGGCCGGCCAAGUAAUGACCGGUAUCUUAGCCCUCAUUAUAUCGUUGGCCGCAGGAUUCAUAGGAAUGGUGGUGUACAAAAGGCGACAUUACUACGUGCCAGGGCCGUCGACGAUGCCGAACAAGAGGAAAGUGAUCGCGCCAGGCAGCAAUCUUUACCGGAAGAGGGUCGCCUAUACCGAGCUCAAGGACAUGAACAACGAUUGACGAUAGCUGGUGAUUUAGAGAGGGCCGAUUCGUAGCGUGAAGCGAGCGUAACAGCAGCAACGAGGGACGAGAGAAGAGGAGAUACUCUCAAUCGUGUACCGUGGUUCCUUGCUGACAUAGCCGGCAACUAAAAGCGUGUGCGUGUGUGCGCGUCGCGUGUGCAAGCUGAUCAACGAACAAUUAGAAAAGUCGAAAAAUAUACGUAAUUAUUUCGAGUCCGUUUCCAGAUCGUCGCGACUACUCUUCGAUCGAAAGACAAAUUCUACGCCUUCAUAGGAAUAAGAUUCCGUUUGGUCGAUCGCGUGUUCUCGUUGAUGGCUUUGCAAUGCCAAAUAUCGAGGAUGUCGACGACGUUUUCCUACCUCUUAAAAGUCGAUCGCGUUUCAUUCGGGGAAGGUGAACGCGGUCGCGCGAUUGCGCGAACCAAUUACACGAAGCGAUUACCCAGGGAGAAGCACCAAUUAUUGCGCGGACUGUUUGAAAACUCGCGCACGAUCGAGUAUUCGCCGCGCAACGCGAUCUGGAACGGAUCGUCUCAACCAGGCACCCUUUGCGCGAACUCUUUCUGCUCAAACUCGUCAGCCCCCUACCCGAAACUCUUCUCCGCCCUUCGUUCGCUCUCCUUUUAGUCAAAUUUUUUCGCUUUGCGCGCUCGGCCUAAGAAGCUGUUCGGUUACGCUCUCUCGAAGCCCGGAACGCGGCUCGAAUCUUUCAAGGAUAUUCCUCGUAGCAAACGCAUCCAUCGUCCAAGACUUUCACGAACGAUUGUAAGCGAUAGAGGUGGGAAGGAUGGAUGACAAAGAGAGUGCUGCGUUCCAUCUGAUAUCGUUUUGCUCAGUUUAGAUAAUUGAUCGAUUCACGCUGUAGAUGAAAAAGAAUAUUUUUAUAAACACCGAACCUGGAGAAAUCGGUUCAAGUUGACUCAGAGAACCGGAACCGCAGCUAUUACAUAGCUACGAACUAUGUAAUCGUUCGCGGUGUUACCGCAAUUAAAGUUACCAUUAAGAAAUUUCCUAAAGAUAUCGAACGAAAACCUUUCGCGACGAUUCGUGUGAUCGUUUAAGCAGGAUAUACUUUUCUCUUUACCGAACAAUACAAGAUUUCACCGAAGAUCGAGCGACAAAGAUGCGUCCAAGGAAUCCAUCUUUCGCGUCGUGCAUUUAUCUUUACAAUUAUUGUUCUUAAGCAACGGUAGGAUAAAGGACGUACGUUUCGUUCGAUAUCCGGUACCUCUAUACUUAUUUAUUCGUAUCGUUCGUCGUUAGGAAAGUAAUUUUGUUUUCAUAAAAGCGGCAGAAAAAGAAAAAGAGAUAGAAUCUUUAGAUUUAAAAACACGGCAAAUAUUUGAAUUCCCGUCGCGAACAACGAACCGAACGAGAGAUUCGUAACCGAGACGCACUUUGUGUAAAUUUACAAUGCUUGGAUUAUUAUUGUGAUACUUGGAAAUAAGUGGGUACAUAUGUAGGUGUCGUUGUA